AUGGCGUGGCAGCAGCAAGGCUACAAUCAAAAUCACGGAGGCGGUCAAGGCUACGGCCAAAGCAAUCAGUAUGGACAGCAACAGCAGUUUAAUCAGCAUCAGCAAUAUGCGGCGCAAGUGCUUUACGGAGGGCAGUCACAAGGAUACAACCAAGGAAAUAACUGGAGUGCGGGUCCGUCCAAUAUGAACAAGGGACCUGGUCAUUUCGGGAACUCACACCGAAAUCCAAAUUACGGAUACGGGGAGCAAAGCCAGAACAACCGACAAACUCAACGUCAAAAAGACCCACAUAAGCCAAUCAACGCUACAGAGGUCAAAUCAUAUAUAAAUGCAUGGGCAACAAAACAGAAGCUAAAGCCAGAGUACUCUUAUAAACAAGAAGGGCAAACUCCAUUUGUGCUUUAUAAAUGUACGCUCUCCAUCGGUCAAUACGACUGCCAAGGCGAAGGGGCUGCAAAAAGCAAGAAACAAGCGCAAACGAUUGCAGCCUGGGAUAUGUCAGAAAAGCUUGCAGCAAAAGGAGUCCUUAACCUUUCGGAAGUUCCACCUAUCCCCGAAAAUCUACUCGGUGCUCAUGCUACCAAGACUGCGAAUCGGGUUGAAGGAAACAAUGAAAAUGUUUAUGUUGAAUACGGUGAAGAAUAUGGCGGUUGGACAACGGAAACUGCAAGACAACGUCUGAACAGAUUCUGCAUGCAAUUGGGGAUUAGUUGCAACAUCAUUAACCAUGUCACUGGACCUCCACACGCUAGAGUCACCUCUGCAUCCCUGUCGUUGAUAAUCGAGCGGCUCAACAAAAAAGUUCUUCAAGUCCAAGUUGAUGCUCCAAACAAGAAGUCAGCAAAUGCAAAAUGCUCCAUGGAGAUGCUAAAACAGCUUUUUGCUCUCAAUCUUAUUGAGAAAAAAGGUGAACCAGAGAUGAAGCUCUUGCGUAAAAGAAAGAAUGAAAUCACCUGGACAAGGACGACGGCCCCUAGUCGGUUGAAAAAAUUCAAGGAAGAAAAUUCUGGUGACAGCUCGUUUGGAAUAAGCGAAUCAUCUGCCUUUCAAAACGGUCAAUUCACAAUCUCUACGGUCAUCAAUUGCAAGGGGAUCAAAAUUGAAGCACAAGCUUCCGAACCAUCCGAAGAAGAAGCAAAGAUAUCGGUUGCAGUUAUGCUUGCUAAUAAGCUGUGCGUUGCAGGAUUGAUCGAAGCUAACUUGCCGGUAGCUAAAAGCAAGAAAUCAAAAGAAGAAUAUCUUGCUAAUAUCCGACAGACCAACAUCGUAAUGGUCCCCCGUUUCAAUAACACUGGCAGAAAUACCCCAGGUGACGACCGCCAACUAAAAAAGAAACUGCUCGACCUCGAGCAAAAGGAAACUUACAAGCGACUCCGUGUCAACACAAUGAACAAAAUCACUAAGUGUCUGAAGGAGUCGGAAAGUUAUCCACAAAUUGAAAACUUGCACAGAGUUGGCGAGUUUUUCAAGGGACUUGAACUUGCAGACGAAACCGAGGACUUGGAGCUCGUUGUCGUCUCCAAAGAAAAACCCACGAAUUCUUUUGUAAAUGAAGUUCUUUCCGUACUUGCUUCUUUGGAAGGAUUUACGGCAGAUAGAUACGAGGACUUCCUUUAUCUUACGACUAAAGAGAAGCCGGAAGUAUCUAUCUACGUCACAUUUACCUCAGCAGCAUUUUAUCCACCCGAUGGUAAAGAAGAAUGCGCAGAUCCAGAAGGCAUGAUUCUUCGUGACGGAUGCGUUAAUGUCUGGAUUCGACUUCAGCGUUGUCUGUUUUUGAUGGAUCGAUGCCACAAGCUUUUCAACUCACUUGCCGUAUUGCGUGUUUUGAAAUUUCUGGCGCGAGAUGCCGAGAUGGAUGGAUUUUCUGGCUGGUUAAUGGAACUGUUCGUCAUCAGAGCUUUAGAAACUGCCCAUAGUUCUGAACCAGCCGGAGAUGCGCUCCGACGUGUUUUUUCCAUCUUAUCAGGAGGAAUUCUACUGCCCAACGUCAGCUCUCUCAUCGAUUUGAACGGAACUGACGACCUCUUAGACCAACUUACCGUUAUUCAACGAAACAAAAUCACUGCCAAGGCCCAUACCUAUCUUCGUCUCCAAACAUUCAAGCAACUGCACAAAGUGCUUGGAAUCGACUUUGUCCAGAAAAAAUCGUCGCUGAAAAUUGAAGAACCGAAACCCACUUUUAAUGAAAACGAUAACAGCGUGGCACAAGCUAACUGA